CAUGCACACGUGGGCGUGACUUCCGUAUACGUCAUUACGUCGGACAUCAAUGAGAAAUUGCUAUUGAAAUAAUCAGGUGAACAGGAAUAAUUCUAAUAAUCCACCAUAGUCAUGUUAAACGAGAUUGGCUAUGCCUUUCCUGCUGGCGAUGAAAGCGAUGGGAGUAACGACGAGUGGGAUAUUGGGUAUUCUGAUAAUAACAAAAAAACUGAGUUUCCUGAAGCACAUCUGAAUGGAGAAGAUAAAGUAUCCAACUUGAAAAGGGCCAUUUCUGCACGGAAUGUCGACCUGGUACGCGAACUCUUAGACAGUGGUCUGGACGUGGAGACACGGCUCGGCUUUGGCUGGACUCCUCUCAUGUGCGCUGUCCAUGUGGCCCACUAUGAGCUUGCUGAACUGCUGCUGGAUCAUGGUGCAAGUGCAAACUUCAGCAAAGACCACUAUACAGUUCUGAUGGCUGCUUGCACAGCAGCGUCUGCCACAGAAGAGAUGAUCUCCAGGUGUGUGGCUCUGCUGCUCAGUCGCAAAUCUGACCCGAAUGUCUGCAACAGGAGCAGUAUGACGUGUUUGAUGCUGGCAGCCAGAGACGGCUAUUGUCAGGUGAUUAAUUUGCUGGUUUCACACGGAGCGGAGCUGAACUUUCAGAAUGAUAAUGGACUUACGGCCCUCAUAAUAGCAGUGCAGUAUGGACGUGAAGCGGCUGUGUUGAAACUGCUUCAACUAGGAGCGGAUAAGUUCAUCAAAACCAAAACGGGGAAGACAGCAGCUGACAUGGCCAAAGUGUUCAAUUACCCUGAGAUGUCCGGGAUCCUUGAUUCUACAGAUCUCUCUACUGUAAAUGGCAGUGCACCCUCCAAAGCUGAGGCGCUGUAUAAAUUUCUCAGUCAAAACCCUGAUCCUUCCUCUGCCUGCAAAGAGAGUUCCUCCAAGCUGAGUGAUAUUGAACUUCUGCUGCAUGGUCUGAAUCUGGAUCAUCUCUCAGACAUCAUGGUGGAAAAUGAUGUCACUUGGAGUGACCUGUUGAUCAUGGAGAAGGGGGACCUGGAAAAGAUUGGCAUAACUAAUCCUGAGGAUCAAAAGAAGAUUCUCAGCACCAUGGAGCAGAUGCACCUUGAUAAAGUAGAUCUGGACACCCUGAAGCCUCUUAAUAACAUAGACAGCGGGUAA